AGACUAGACUUACUACCUCCUCCAAACGAAAAGUUUGCUCAGAGAAAGACCUCAAGUCAAGCGAACAGUGAACGAGAAUCGAGAGGCACCCGAGCGAAGUGAGUAUCUGGCGGAGAUCCCGAUCCUGAUGUCGCUGGCUUACCCGUUCCUUAAGUUCAUCAUGGGCCAGACGCUGUCGGAGCCGGUGACCACCAAGGACUCGGCCUGCAGUGGCAAUGCGGCGUACCGCGUGGGCUCCAGCUGCAUGCAGGGGUGGCGCGUGGAGAUGGAGGACGCCCACACCCACAUCCUGGCCCUGCCGGAGGACCCGCAGGCGGCCUUCUUCGCGGUCUACGACGGUCAUGGCGGGGCGGGCGUGGCCAAGUUCGCGGGCAAGCACCUGCACAAGUUCGUGACGAAGCGGCCGGAGUACAGGGACAACGGCGUGGAGGUGGCCCUGAAGCGGGCCUUCCUCGACUUCGACCGCGAGAUGCUGCACAACGGCUCCUUCGGGGAGCAGAGUGCCGGCUCCACGGCCGUGGUGGUGCUCAUCCGGGAGCGGCGCCUGUACUGCGCCAAUGCGGGCGACUCGCGGGCCAUCGCCUGCGUGGCCGGCGUGGUGCAGGCCCUCUCCGUGGACCACAAGCCCAACGACCUGGUGGAGACCAGGCGCAUCCUUGCCGGCGGCGGCUGGGUGGAGUUCAACCGCGUCAAUGGCAACCUGGCCCUGUCCCGCGCCCUCGGCGACUUCGUCUACAAGAAGAACGCGCUGAAGAGUCCCGAGGAGCAGAUCGUAACGGCCAACCCGGAUGUGGAGGUGCGGGACAUCGGCGAGGACUGGGAGUUCGUCCUCCUCGCCUGCGACGGCAUCUGGGAUGUGAUGAGCAGCGCGGAGGUGGGCCACUUCGUCCGAAGGCGCAUCUGUGACGGCCUGGAGCCGGACGCCAUCUGCGAGGAGCUGAUGAACAACUGCCUGUCCCCGGAUGGCCAGUCCAGCGGUCUGGGCGGCGACAACAUGACCGUGAUCCUGGUGUGCCUGCUGCACCACAAGAGCUACGAGGACCUGGUGGUGCGUUGCGGGGGCAAGCGGAAAGCCACGUCCGUGGAGACCGUGGGCGACAUCAAGGAGCAGCCCGUCCUCAAGGUGGUCCCUCCCUAUUCCCAGGGCUCCUCGGGAACGGGAAUGGGAAUGGGCAUGGGCAUGGGCACGGGCACGGGCACCGGCUCCUCAUCCUCGCGAUUGGGCCUGGGCUUGGGCCUCCGCGAUUCGCCACGGGAGAAGUCCUAGUUAACACCCUAUUUUUUUACACCUUUUUAUGUUUCAAGUUCAUCGUUCUUUGACACACACAUUUAUACUCCCCCAUUUGGAACAUUAGCACGGCGAUCCUUACUCUGAUGGCAGUCCAAAUCUCCAGUCUUCGAACAAGUUUCUUUCGAAUUUUUUUGCACCGGCUAGCAACAAAAAUUUAAUAAACUGGUUCAAUACCAAGAA